CGAUUGCAUACCAUUUAAAAACAACAGAAGUGUAAUCAAAAUGCACUGUGAAAAACACACGCCGGAUAUUCGCGAGUUAAUGCCCGUGCGGGAGCACAGAUGCGAGAAAUGUCCCAGCCUUAUCUUUGGCAACCUCAGUCACUAUCAACUGCACCUGCGCCAGAGGCACCAGGAAGUGCUUCCACCCUCGCAUAUCGGAGCAAUCACUGCAUUCCAUUGCCCCGUGGAUAAGUGCAUCUACCAUGUGGCUACCAAGGGAGCCCGCAGCUUUACCAGCUUACGGCUGCUGCGACAGCACUACCAGAAGAGCCACCUAGACAAGAACCACAAGUGCCUGGAGUGCGGCGAGAAAUUCCUGCUGCAACACCAUCUUAAGAAGCAUCAGUGCUCAGAACACAAGUGUCCAGUGUGUGAACUGACCUACAACAGCAAGGCUGGCCUGAGGACUCACAUGCGGCGCAAGAACCACUUGGUGCAGCAUGAAUCCGGCAAGGUUCCCAUUCCUUCGCUGGCCACAUGGAGGAAGCUGAAUCCGGAGCCAACUCCAGUUCCUACAGAUUCCUUCGCCUCCUACAGUUUGAAAGCUGGCAUUGAUUUACCUCCUGCAGAGGGGUAUAUAAACAAUUUGUCAUCCAGCUUGGCUGAGGUUACAGAACUAUCUGCUGAAUUACCCAAUCGUGAAGCCAAUAUCCAUUCAACUCUUGAACUAGCCACCGAUGUGCCGGCUCCAGAGGAACAUAUUCUUUGUUUCCUGCCCAUUAUGGAUGUGCCCUAUGCGCUAGAGAUGUCAUCCCAGAAGCUGGAUAUGGAAACACAAACAGAGGAGGAUCUGAAUGAAAUCAGGAACGAAGUGCUGGCGCCCUUGUUGCGCGAUAUAGAAACUCAAACACCUGACACCAGAGGCGACAUAGGAACGAUGACCGAUGCUUUCCCAGAGGAACAGGAGCCAGUUCCGGUCGAAAACGAUUUCCACGCGUAUCCAGGAACUGAACCUAUGUUUGACUUGCAAACCUCCGCCCACAUGUACACCCAGACCUGCGACGAUUUGUUCGAGGAACUGGGACUGUCCCACAUCCAAACCCAAACCCACUGGCCAGAUGGUCUGUACAACACGCAGCACACGCAGACCUGCGACGAAAUAAUGGAUGAACUCUUCCCCGACAACUUUCAGUCCACAUGUACGCAAACCAGGUGGCUGGACUGGAAGGAUACAGGCGAAGGCGGCGGUUAAAAGGAUCAGAUAGAGC